GAGGAACCGCGGGCGGGGCUCGUGGUUCACGGCCUUGCUGCGGGAUGAGCCGAGAAGUUGCAGGAGAAGAAGAGGGCGUCACUCUGCUGGAAGCGAUCCGGGAUGGAAGGGUGCCUACCCCGGAAGAGAUGACGUUCCCUCGGUGGCAGGCUUGGCGACGUGCCGCCGGCCGUAGGCCCACAAGGAGAAGGGACGGCAGAGGCCUGCCGACAGGUGAAGAAGUAGCCCUCUGGAGGAGCGUCAUGGAUGAGCUCUAUGGCGAGGGCAGGGCGGCGGAACUUGACGAGGGCGAUGAAGAGGAGGAGGAAGAGAGGCCGUCGGCGUCGGCCUCCCCUUCUGUUGCGUCUCGUGAGGUCGCCUUGGUGAAUAGCCCACGCCCGUCUUCAGUUGGCACUGGAGGAGUCAGCGUGGUGAGCCUUCGGGCCAAGUUGCAAGCGUUGUAUGACCCUUCGGCAGAGGAAUUCGGGGCGUACCUGAUGCGUAUGGGACGAAUCAUCUCCGCUCUCCAAGCCUUGGACGCAGCUGUUCCGCCGGGUCUGUUAGAGACAGUGACAAGAAAGGCGGAAUUCAUGAUCGAACUGUAUGGUGAGCAUGGGGGUUUGGACAAAGUGAGAGCUGUGCGUUUCUUGCGAGACAAGUUCGUAGCUUACGCGCAGGAUGAGACCUUAGACCCUCGAGAGAGAGACAGUUCGAUCGCCGCGAUCGGUGAGUUGAUUGAACAAUUAGGAGGGAAACCAAGUUCGAGCCCAGGAAAGGUGUAUAGUACUCCGUCUGGAGCGGAGGAAGCAACGGUUCCUGUGGCUCGCGGUCCCGUCAGCGGUCUUCGCGACGUUGGACGCGGCCAACGACCGGCGCCCGGUCCCGCUCCUAGUUCGGGACCGGAACAAGAUGGGGAUUUCUCCCUCAGGGCCAAGCUGGCAGCUCUGGAGAUGGAGCUGGAGGCCAUGAAACGAGAGAAAGCCGAAUCAGAGGCCGGUUCAGCGUUGGGAUCGGAGCAGGGCUUAGCAGCCGCCUUGGCCCAACAGAAGGCAGCGCUGGAGGCACAAACAAAGGUGCUCCAGGAAGCGUUGGGACGAGGCGGAGGCAACCAGUCUGUCACCGCGGUCAAAACAGACCUUCAUUGGCCGACCUUGACAGACGAGCGCUCUGACUUCAAGGAUGUCACCUUGUUCUAUGAGGAGUUCGAGGAUGUGUGCGCCUUAGCGAACUCCUGCCGUGGAAUGAAUGCCCGCGAGAAACUGCUGGCUCUCCGAGCGCGCUGCCGGGGAAGUAGGCUGAAGACCUACCAGAACCUGUACCGGUCCGCCUGGAAGUCCGGAGAGGUCCUGGAAGACCCCGAAGCAGUGUAUGAGCGCAUCAAAUCGAAACAUUUGAUGUUUAGUGAAAGCCGAGAAGAGCGAGAGAUCCGCGUCGAUGCGGAGCAUGUCGCGCUCAUGAAGGGGAAGCUCACUGGUCACCAGUUCGAACCUUUGUUCGAAGCGUCGGUGGCGGAAUUGGAAGCUGUGGGUCUUGGAAAGACGCAGCGAGAGCUUUUCCUCUCCUACUUGAGGAAGGUUGGGACCAGUCUCCAACGGGAGAUUCGAUCCGACAAGCGGCUUUGGGGACACGAAGACAAGCUCCGAGGGCCGCAGACCUGGGAGGAGGCUCAUCGGGUCGUCCUCGAGUAUGAGCAGCGAGAAGCGACUAACAAGGCCACCGCCAACGCCGUGUUCACGACCACCGGCGAAGCCACGCGUCUUGCUGCGGAUCUCGCAAAGAAGGAGAAAGCAGAGAAGGCGAAGCGGGACAAGGCCAACAAGGAGGCGAACAAGAGAAAGGGCAGAGGCGAUCAGGUGGCGAUCACGUCUGGAGAUCCCCGCAAGGACAAACUCUGCUGGGAUUAUCGUGAUCACGGGAGCUGCAGAAAGGGUCGCGAUUGUCCUUUCUCGCACGACAAAGAGCUGCGUAGGAAGGAGCUUGAAAAGAAAGGCAAAGGGAAAGGGUCCGACUCCUAUCCGGCGAAAGGCGACGGAAAAGGAGGUAAAGGGAAAGGCAAAGGAGGGAAGGGCAAGGCUGGAGACGCUAAGAAAAAGAAGAGCGAGAAGCAGUGCCCUUACUUUGCUAAGAACGGCGCGUGCAAGAAAGGCGCUGACUGUGACAUGUCGCAUGUUUUGGCAACCGAUGUCGGCGCUACGGGCUCGGGAGGUGGACAAGGUUCCGCUCCAAGUGGGUGGGCAGCUCCAAGCGGGAACAGCGUGCUCAAUCCGUUCGCCGCGUUCUGUGUGGUGACGGGUGGUUUAGAGCAGGCUCUGCGGGUGCGGACGUCGUGUUCGCGUCCGCGCCGCGGAGUUCAUCCCCUGGAGUUCCAAAGAAGGGACCCUUCACCGAAUUGGACGAGCUCCCAAAGGAUUGGUGGGAAUGAGCCUGGCGGUUAUCAAUACCGCGCCGUCGUGCAAAUCCUUGAUAAGAAGGUUGACACGAUGUUGGACGGAUGCGCUGGGUCCAAUCACAUCACGGAAGAGCUGGUGGUCGGGAUCAUCAAUCGGGCUGCGGAGCUAGGCUUGCGCCCAAAUGACAAGAACUUUCCGAUCAUUCAGUUCGAAAAAAUGGCUGUAUCCAGAGUACGUGCAUGGGAUUGCGAGUGCAAGAUCGCGUCAAAGGGGACUAGCGAUUUCCAUGGUUUGAUCCUUGGGGGCCGCGCGUUGGAUUGCGAAGCGCGACGUGGGCUAGGUUUUCGACCUGGGCCCAUGACCCAUGUGCUGGACUCUCUAGGUGUGCAUCUCCCGCGCUGUGAGAACUUCAGUGCGGAGAGGAAGGACAGAGCCUAUCCUUUCCGGUCCAUCCUCUCGGCAGUAGACCAGGAGGCUGAGGGACAUCUGGAGCCGGAGACCGGGCCAAGGGCCAUGGUAGUCUAUGCAGGUGAUGGAGGAGCGACGCUGCUUCCUGGGGAAGGCGCUCUCCUUCCCGUGCGAAUUGCUGGCAACUGGACGCCGGAAGUUACGAGCUGUGAAGUGGUCCUUCCAGUUGCCGGCAAGGUGGAAGCAGUUCCCGGCAUCUGGGACACAGGGGCUCGUGAAGGCAUGGUCCUGGUCACGCCAUACCAGGAAGAGGUCGUCCUUGAAGAAGGCGAUCCAGUCGGAGAGCUCCGGGCAGGUGCAGUAGUCAGUGGGACUUGUUCUUGCGGAGCUGUCGACACAGUUUUCGUGAGCCAGACGGCCGGCCUAGAGCCGGACACCUGCCAGGAAUGCGGAUUGGAACAGCCCAGCCUCAUUGGUUCAGUCUGCUAUUCGUGCGGUCGGAAGGGAGAGAUCAAGAGCACUCCACUCCAGGGGUGCAAGUGUCGCGCGAAAACACCUAGGAAGGCGCGUGAGUCAAGGAAGGGAUAUGGAGUGUUCGCCACGUUCGCGGUUGGUCUAGCUGCGCUCACUGCGGCGUACGCAUUUGACCCGUCGCAAUAUGAGUCAAAGAGCUGGUCGCGGGCGGGGGCCUCGUUUUUGAGCCUUCGUCGCGAAGAAUCGCGGGCGAGGACUUCGUUUUCGAAUCCUCGUCGCGACGAAGUGUGGGCCACCUUCCCCGGUGGUUGGGUGCGAACGCACCCGGAGGCCAGGGAGAAGCUGUUUGAGUUUAGUGAAGAAGCGUCGGCCCCACUCACGCUGAAUGUCGACCAGCUGGAUUCUCGAAGGGUCACGACAGGCGGAAUCGACAAGAUGGCAGAGGAAACGCCAACGGAGCGCUACUGCGAUGCGCUCAGGAGGUGUCUGGAGAAGCGUUUUCCCAAGGCCAACCAAUUCCUCCUGGAUCACCUGAUUUCGCUUGAAGCAUUUUUGGACAAGUCGAUCGUUUUUGGUUUCAGCUACGGGGUGGCUAAGGCGGAGAUCUGCAAGGAAGGUGGCAAGCUGUUGGGACACAUCGUUGGGAGGAAUGGCAGCGAACCAGACCCUGAGCGAGCUAAGGCCGUAAUGGACUUUGCACCGCUCAGAGAGAAACUCCAUAUCCAGCGAUUUCUUGGAUGCUCCAAUUGGUUGCGCAUGUACCUCCCCGCGGAGUACG